AUGAGCGCCCCACCGCCGAGCGACGAUGACGAGUGCAAAGAAGGAGAGAAGGAGCUCUACUAUUGGGAUGCGUCGGACGAAGCGCCUCUAACGACCAAGGCAUGGCACUGGACCUACUGGUCGGGCCAGAAGGUUCUCGAAGGCAUGGAGUUUGGCGGCGAAGUCAUCGCGACGUUCCUCGGGCUCACGCGCUCCAAGUACGACUGGAUCCUCGAGUCGAAGGAGCGCGAUGAGCAGGAGAAGGCGCUUCGGCAGCUCGAAGCGCGCCAGCGCAAGAAGCUCCAGCUGCAAGCGCUACUGCAAGACGAGAAGCGGAAACUCGCUGCCUUGGAGCACGGCGAGCUCCAAAGCGAGACGCCAGAAUCGAGUAGCUUAUUGCUGUAA